UCGAACUAAUCUUACCGGCCUUGACUAUCAUUCGUUGUUGAAAAAACUUAUGGAGCCUGUAAUAGCUGAACCCAUUUCAACAGGAGUUUUCUCCAAUAGCGGUCAUGACCAGCUUCACAAGCAGGCCUAUCAUUCAUUGGCUAAAUGUGUCGCUGCUUUAACCCAGCAGUGUCCUAAUGAAGCUAUACCAUUGGCGACACAACUUUUAGGAGACCUCCACAAGAGAACAUCAAUCGGUGAUACACAACUCGUAUUUUGCUUGUUAGCAAUAGGAGAAAUUGGGCGACAUUUUGAUUUAAGCUCAAUUUCUGCACUGCCACAAACCAUUAUAGAAUGUUUUAGUGCUACAUCAGAAGAUGUUAAAGCAGCAGCUAGCCACGCAUUAGGAGCGGUAGCUGUAGGAAGUUUGCAAACCUUUUUACCGCUCAUAUUAAAUGAAAUUGAAGCUCAGCCACGUCGACAAUAUUUACUUCUGCAUUCGUUAAAAGAAGUAAUUUCUUCACUUUCGGUUACACAAAAUGGACUUUCUCAGUUAUUGCCAUCAGUCCCAUCAAUAUGGGAACAAUUGUUUAAACAUUGUGAAUGUCCCGAAGAGGGCUCUCGUAAUGUUGUUGCAGAAUGUUUGGGCAAAUUAGUUCUUGUAAGUCCAGAAGAACUUUUACCACGACUGCAAGAUGCUCUACAAUCCGAAAGUCCUCUUAUGCGCACGGUAGUUGUUUCAGCAAUUAAGUUCACCAUUUCUGACCAACCACAAACCAUAGAUGUACUCUUGAAACAAAAUAUUGGAAAGUUUCUUUUCUUGCUUCGAGAUCCCGAACCUUCAGUAAGACGAGUUGCAUUGGUUGCAUUUAAUUCUGCAGUUCACAAUAAACCCAGCCUUGUGCGAGAUCUACUUCCAACAUUACUACCAUGGUUAUAUUCUGAAACAAAAGUGAAGAGUGAACUUAUUCGAGAAGUUGAAAUGGGUCCUUUUAAACAUACAGUUGAUGAUGGAUUAGAUAUUCGUAAGGCUGCAUUCGAAUGCAUGUACACAUUGCUCGAACAAGGAUUAGAACGAGUUGAUGUAAUGCAAUUUUUAGAUCACGUACAAGCUGGACUUUGUGAUCAUUAUGACAUUAAAAUGUUGACUUACUUAAUGACCGCUCGUUUAGCCGUAAUUUGCCCCGAUGCUGUUCUACUUCGUAAGUAAAUAUGUAUAUAUACA